AAACUGAAAUGCUGCAGUCCUUUUGUAUUCGAACUGCACAGAUUUCAUUUGCGACUAAAUCCUUCACUUCAAAAAGACAAAGGCUAUUAAAUCCUGCAUGGAGCCUACAGCAUAGAGAGAGAAUCAGGAUAAAUAAAGUGUUACCAGACAGACUUGGUCAAUAAGAAAGGAAAUAAUGACUUUGGGAUUCCUUUUUCUGAAAGCUUAGCUAGCUGGACAUUAAAUGACAUCAAAGCAGAAUCUACUGUUAGAUUAGAUUACCAGGACACAGCCUCAGAAGGUGAAAAUGCAAAAAGCAGUGCUAUUUUAUAUUCUUUUGCUUAUUUCUCUGGGUAUUGCUCUUGCUCAGAAUGACAACAAUGGAAUGCCUAGGAGAGCAAGGAGGAGAAUGCGCUAUAGAGGAUUAAGAAAGGGUUCCACGAUAUAUCGUAGACUAAACAAGAAGCCUCAAGUAAUACGUCCAAUUCCUACUACUCCAGUACCAAUCAUCCCACUUAUUGAUAAUGAUGGUGACAUUACAGGAGUAAUUGAUUCCCUUAUUGGUUUGGAUGGACAAGAAUCCAGUUACAACAUUUUGCCAGGAAAACAAGGACGCUGUUUUGCAAAUGGAAUGAUUAUGUAUGAGAAUGCUGUGUGGUCUCCUAAACCUUGCAUUACAUGCCUCUGCUCAAAAGGGAAGGUGUUGUGUGAUGAAACUUUGUGUCAUCCUCUGACAUGUGAGAACCCUAAGAUACCUGAAGGAGAGUGUUGCCCUGUGUGUACAAACAUUGGAUCAAGUACUAUUCCACUAGGUGAUGCAUCUGAAUUUUCGGGUGACUCUCCAAAACCCAGUGACCAUGGUGAUCCAGUCCAGCAUGAUCGACGGACACAAGUUCAAAGGAAUGAAAAAGAGGGGGAAGUACUUGAAAAAACAGAAAUGAAUAUAAAAAAGAAAGGAACCAUCAAAAGGAAAAGAAUAAAAAGCCACAAACAGAGAAGAAAACAGGGAGACACAAACGUUCAAACGGAAAAAGAGGAGAAUUUGAGAGCAGAGGAAGAAAAAAGGAAAGCAUAUGAAGAAGAAGAGUUAAGGAUUGAAAAGGAACUCAAAAAAGAGGAAGAACAAAAUGAAAUCCAAGAGAGCGAAAGAAGUGAGGAGCAGGAGGAGGAAAUAGAAGAAGAAGAUAUUUUGCGUGGUGAUGUAUUUAGAAUGCCCCCUCGUUUCCCAAUUCCUGUACCUUCAACUGAAAUGCCUCCUUUGCCAACUGGAUGUUCUGUCCUGGACAACACAGUAAGCUGUAUUAAUGCCAAACUUACACAAAUACCACCCAUCAUGGAUGCAGAGAUUACAAGCAUAGAACUUGUGGGAAAUAACAUCACAACAAUUCCAGCUGCAGCUUUCAAUGGGAUUCCUAAUUUGGAAAGGAUUGACCUUCGUAAAAAUAAUAUCACGUCAUCUGGCAUAGAGCCACAUGCAUUUAAAAUCCUGAAGAAUCUACAGCGUUUAUAUAUGGAUGGAAAUGCACUAGUUCACGUUCCAGCUGGUUUGCCAUCAACUUUAGAAGAACUUAAAAUAAACGAAAAUCAACUACAUGCAAUUGAUGAAAAUAGCUUUCAAGGUUUAAAAAAGCUGGUGACCCUGGAAUUAGAAGGAAACAAACUUAGUGAAGCAAAUGUCAGUCCUUUAGCUUUCCAGCCUUUGAAGAGCUUAUCAUAUUUGCGCCUUGCACGAAAUAAAUUUCGGAUUAUUCCACAGGGGCUUCCCCAUUCCAUUGAGGAAUUAUAUCUUGAAAAUAAUGAAAUAGAAGAAAUCACAGACAUAUGCUUUAACCACACUAAAAAUCUAAAUACAAUUGUUCUAAGGCACAACAAAUUAGAAGAAGGCAGAAUAGCCCCUUUGGCAUGGAUCAAUCAUGAGAACCUGGAAUCCAUUGACCUUUCUUACAAUAAGUUGUACCAUGUUCCCUCCUAUCUGCCAAAAUCAUUAGUGCACCUUGUACUUAUAGGGAACCAAAUUGACAGAAUCCCAGGAUUUGUAUUUGGACACAUGAGGCCUGGUCUGGAGUACCUUUACCUUUCAUUUAACAAACUUGAUGAUGAUGGGAUUGACCCUGUGUCAUUCUAUGGGGCAUAUCUUUCUCUCAGAGAAGUGUUUUUAGAUCACAACCAGUUGAAGUCUGUGCCACUUGGAAUUGCAGAAAUGAGAUCACUAAAUUUUCUCAGGCUCAACAACAACAAAAUAAGAGCAGUCCCCACAGAGCGCAUCUGUAGAAUUAGAAGGGAUGAUGAGGAUGAUGAGGAAGAAGCUGACAGUGAAGAAGAUCAUGACUAUGAAGAUUCACAACUGGAACAUCUUCACCUUGAAUAUAAUUAUAUAAAUACCAGAGACCUUUCUCCAUAUGCUUUUUCAUGUGUUAGAUCAUACUCCAGUGUGGUUCUGAAACCUCAGAAAAUCAAAUAAAGGAGCUGCUUUCAAUCACAAAACAGAUUUUAUAUGUAAAUAAAAUACUUAUAUUAACUCAUCA